AUGACGGGAACGACUGGAACCUGCAGCACCUGCAGCACCUGCAGCCUCACCUUUGAUACAGUGGGCGCAUUCCGCGUACACGCCAAAUCACCAGAACAUGUCGCCAAUCUGCGGCGAAGAGCCGCGCAGUCGGGUGCCGAGAUUCGCACCGCGAGCGACUCGGACUCGGACAGCGCCGCGCUGUCGGGUGCCGAGAUUCAUAGCGCGAGCGACUCGGACUCGGAUAGCAGCCUGUCCUACCCGCCGUCGAGCGAUUCCGAUUCCGACGCGGAGCCGAGCAGGUGCAUCGCACACCCGGGCUUCGUCGCCGAGCAGUGUCUCUUUUGCGACGUGCAGUCAGCAGACCUGGACGCGAACCUUAUUCACAUGGCGAGCACGCACAGCUUCGUAGUGCCGUACCAGGCGGAGCUGGCCGUGGAGCUGGAGACGCUGGUGUGGUACCUGCAGCUCGUCAUCUACACAUACCACGAGUGCAUCGCGUGCGGCAGCCGGCGACGGUCGGCGGCGGCAGCGCAGCAGCACAUGCAGAGCAAGGGCCACUGCCACUUCGACAUGGCCAAUCCGGAAAUGCGCGAGUUCUACGACGUGUCGGCGCUAGACGCGCGGCUGGUGUCGGGGCUCGCAGGGCCAGACGAGGGCACCAUGCAGCUGGCGUCGGGCAAGCUCAUCGCGCAGCGCGGCGCUGACGGCGCGCCGAGCGGUGCCGGCAAUGGAGGCACUCGUCGCAAGAGGCUGGAGCGAGGGCAGCUCAAGGAGGCAGAGACGGCGUUGGCGAUCCGCGGCAGCGAUGAGCAGCGGCAGGUCAUGCUGGACGGCGCGAAUAUGGGCUUGACGAAGAAGGCGGCGAGGCAGAUGGCACAGCUGAGCGUGCGCGACCAACAGGCGCUGGCGCACCUGCCACCCCGUGAGCAGCGCCGGGAGCUCGCGCGCUACCGAAAACAGGCCAACCAGGCGCUGCGGGCGAAUUGGCAACAACUGUCGAGGCUGGGGCGCAACGGCAACAAGACGUUGAUGAAGAAUUACAAAGCGCAGGGUCCUGGGCGCCGGAACGGGUGA